AUGUGGAAGGGGAGUGGCCACUGGCCUGACUGGCCAAUGGGUCUCCUUAUUUUCCAAUAUUUUUAUUUUUAUUUAUCUUUCUUCAUUUAUCUCAAAAAUAAGAUUGUAAAAAUUAUCUAAAUUCGUAUAAAAUUACAUAAUUACCCAAAAAUUGCAUAUCUCAAAAAUAAGACUGAAAACCACUUUUCACACUUUAACACAAAUAUAAGUCUAUUUAUCAUGAUUUAAGGAUAAAACUAUAUUAUUUACUAAUUAUUAAUUCAUGAUAAUGAAAACUUAUGACAUGCCCAUUUAGAACAUAUGCAUUUAAAUGAUUUAUUCAGCUUACACUUAGAUGAUAUUGCAUUUGAAUGAUAUAUCUAGCUAGAGGAUAAAUAUCCGUUCAAGAAUUGGCAAGAUUUUCACAGCCAACUUGAGAGGUGUUUUGGAACUUUCAAAGUAGGAAACAUGUAUCAAUGAUUUCUUGGCAUCAAAUAGGGAGGAUCUAUAUUUGAUUAUAGACUUGAAUUUGAAGGUUUCUCUACCUUUCUUCCUGAAAUUCUAGAGCUAGUCCUAGAGCAAAUAUAUUUGAAAGGUUUAAAGCAAGAAAUUAAGUUCAAAUUGUCCAUAACAAAGCCAAUGUCAUUAUUAGAAAUAAUGGACAAUUCUUUGGAGGCUGAGGAACACUUGCACACCUUGUGUGAAGCACGGCAUCUCAAUUUACCUAAAUAA